AUUUAAUCGCCGAGUUUCGCCGUAUUCGAAUUUCCACGAUUCGAAGGGAGGGACAACUCUUGUAACUCGAGGUAUAACCUCUUGUAUAACGAAGAUUGCCCUCCGCUCGAGGUUAAUUAAAUUUUGGAACGAUUAAUCGCUCGAAUGGGAACGUGUUUACUUCGAUUCUGUUAUCGGCCUUUGUUGUUGGUUAUCGGUGAUUAUAGGAAAGUUUGUGAAAUAUUGUUUGUCUAAGUGUUUGUUGGUAAUCAAUGGAAAUAAUUGAAUAUAUUUUGAAUCGAUGAUUAGUAAUAGUACGUUGCAUGGAAAUCGGUGAAAUUAAAUUUUUGAGUUUGUUAAGAAGAUAUUUUAUUUUUGAAAAUACAGUAGAAAGAUUAAAAUCUAGUAGAGAUUAUCUUUUCUUUUUCUUGAAUCCGUUGUUCAAAAAUGGAUUAACGAAAUAAAAAAGUUCCACAAACCACGUAAAAUUAUUGAAUUUAGGCGAAGGUAUAAAAAUAAGCCAGAGAAGAAUAGAUUAAUCUCCAAAUUAUUCGCGAUAUCGAGGGGAAUACAAAAUCGAACGAUAAAUAUAAAUUCAUCAAAAAAGAGAAGAGAAAGAAAAAAAAUAAAUAAAAAAUUAAACGAACGCGGUUUAACGCGACAAUUCGUCACAAGUUUGCACGAGGAAGCAAUUUGAAACUGAUCCUAAAUCUUGGAGAUUUAAUUUCACAGGCUAAUUGGACAGGAUCUCUCUAAAAGUGGAGAUCGGUCGCGAAGAGAAAAAUAAAGAAAAACGAAAUUAAUCCCGGUAGAUAAAAGGAUGAGAAAAUCUCUCUGGAAAUGUUAAUUGUCGGUGGAAUCUGCGUCUCGAGCCGCCGCCAUUCUCCACCAUUCCCGGCCGACCGUCCUUGUUCCUAAGCCAGAAAAGUCGUGUAACGGAAGAGGCAACAAUAAGAACAGGUCGCGAAAAUAAUCUCACGGUGGAUUCCUUGCAAUGCUCAUUGUUCCCUGCGCAAGCAUACGCGAUCUUUUCCGCGUGAAUCGGGAACGAGGCUGGGACGACGGCGGGAUAAAAGUCCAGUUGAUAAAUUCCCGAAAUGGAAAAACCGUGGAAAGGAGUUUUCCUUCGAAAAAUCGCCCUUUCAUUUGCCGGACGAAUUCCUAUUUCAUUUGCCUGAAAUUCCUCGCCUGCCCCGUUACGAAUAACCGGCCUACGUGGAACUUAUGAUGCGAGUCACUCGUAUCGUGACUCUGGUUGACAAGAAACUAGAUUCUUGUGUUGUUAAGUUCCGUCAUGUCGACGAUGCACAAAAAAAAAGAAGAAGAAUAAAAUGUUCGUCGAAGAGGGUUGAGAACAAUGGAAAUUCGAGGCUGAAUUUUGAGGAAGAAUUUUUAUUAGAAAUUGUAGUAGAGAAAAGAGAGAUCGUAUUUCUUGAGUGGAGGAAAUAUUUAUUAAGUGGAUUUAUCCUUUGAUUCUUGAAGCUGUAGAAAAAGAAAGAAGGAUCGAUAAAAGGGAAAUAGAAGAGAAAUAAACAGGAGAAGUAUAAUCGUAUAAAAAUAAGAAAAUAAAGGAUCCUGUAAAUUCUUUUUCUUAUUCACAACGCAUGUCACAACGAGAAGUUACGUAGCGUUGAGAAACUUUCUCGAGGUAAUUUCGAACGAGUUUGAAGGAAGCUCAAAGGAUUCUUUCCUACCUCGAAAAGUUUAAGCCCGAAUUUUUAACUUCUCGCAUAUAAAAUACAAGUGAAAGAUUUAAGAUGAGAGAAUAUGAAUCGAAUUACACGGUAAGAAUUAUAUAGAAUGUCUGGAGACAGAAUAGUUCAUUUGUUUCGCGUACCAUGGUGUGCACGCAUCAGGUUUCUUCGUUUCUGCAAGGUCUAUUCCAAGGAUCUGUUUCUUUCGCCAAACAUGGUCAGAGCACGAUCGUGGCGAACAGUUUUGUCCCUGUUCGUCGUUUUUCGCGAGCCGAAAGAUCCACUCGCUCGUUAUUUCUUCUAGGAAACCGGCGACGAUCCCGCCGCAUUCCGCCGCGCGAAAUUUCAGAAAACCUGAUCCUCCUCCCAUCCGAAACGAAAUUCUUAUCAUCCCGUUGAGAAGCGAGCCAAGUUUUCGAUACUUUUUUUCGAACGAUAAACACUGUGUUCUGGAAAUUUUGAUCGCGUCAAGAUCUUCGAUUUUUGAUAUUUCGAUGGAUAAAUAAAAAUGCUGCUUUCGUACAAAUAAUUCUUUGUAAUGGUAACAGAUUAAACAAGAAAGAAGAAAUGGAUAUUUUAUAAGUAUAUUCUGUAAAAUUUAUAUAUCUUGCCUUCGUUAAAGGAUCUUCCAAUUUAAUAUUUCCAAGAGAUCCAUAUUUUCUCUUUAUCUUACACAAGAAUCACAUAUACAAAUAUAUAUAUUCCCUUUAUUAAACGUAUUACUUCGUUUAAAAUAUUUUCCUCGACGGUUUCUACAUUGUAAAUUACAUUUACGCGCAAAUCUUGUACAGUUAUUCCGUACAAUGGAGGACACAAUGUUGUUCGUUUCAAAAGGGGAGGGAAUAACAUCUAAAUCGUAGAGAAACGAAGAGGGUUGAGGAAGGGAAAGAUCCAUCUAUCGAGUCGUGGAGGCAAAGAUUAGAGGCCGAACGGGGCCGAAUUCCUGUCGGUUUUCGGGCCGCUCGCAAGCGGAACUCCCGCGCGCCUCGUCGCUCUUAUUGUCUCCGGGCCCGAGGUGGCGAACCUCAGUUCUGCUCCAGUACUCCUGGAAGUAACAUCGCGCACUCCCGCAAUCCUUUCCACCUCUUUCUCUCGCCGUCGCAUCCCCGUGAAACGAGUCGCGAACUCUUGUUGACCGAACACCCCUCCUCCUCCCCUUAAUUUCCCCUUUCUUUCUCCCUUCCCUCUCUCUCUCUCCCUCCCUCCCCCGUGCUCUUAUUUUCGGUAUUUUGACUUUAAAAAAAAAAAGAAAUAAAAAGAUUUCGGGCGUUGUGCAACCGCAAGGUGAUUGUCAGGGAGGAUCGUGUAUGUAUAAUUGAAACGUGCACGCGAAGGACGGAAGUCGGACGGAUGGACGUGCGUGAAAGCAGGUCUCGUUGGUGAAAAUCGACGAGGGGGGAAGACGUGUUUUCUUUAAGUUUUUUUCCCCCCCUUUUUUUCUUCUUCUUCUUCUUCAUCUUCGAGUGGAAAAAACGAGGAGGAGGAGGAGGAGGAGGAGGAGGAGGAGGGCUCGAAGAUAGGCCGGAGAAAAAGAAAGGUGGACGUCUCAGUUGUGGAUGAAGAGAGGUCCGAGAGAUAUAACCGGUUUUGCGGCGUUUAGAAAUGGAAAAUACCCGACAAGGACGGCAGAGGCGCGCGAAAGUCGCUAAUACCUAAUCAAGAAUGAGGAUGGAUUGACGAUUUGGAACGUUUGGGAGAACGCGGACAACGUUUGAGGAGCGGGAGAGGGGGAGGGGAAAAAGCUGAUUGGAAACCGUUUCGGGAAGAGUUGUGAGAAUUUUUCUCACUUACUUUUUUCUAAACAUUCCCCCCCCAUUUCGACGAGCGUACUGUUACGUGCUCGCAUAGUGGGCGAGAGGAGAAUCUCUCCGAAGGAAUCUUCAUCGAGUAUUUUAAUCGAAAGUGGAACUUUAAAAAAUUUCCUCGAAUUCAUCUACCGCGAAAACGAAAAGGAUGGAAACGCAAACUAAGAUAACUUAAAGAAAGAAGAAAAACCUGAAUAAGACCAGCUCGUUCGGAGAAAAAUAAGAAGAAUCGUCCAACGGAAUAAUAAUAAUAAUAAUCAUUAAAAAUUGCAUAAUACGAGAGGAUCCUCCCGAGCCUCAACAACGAAUUAAAACCUUUCUUAGAAAUAUACAAAACACACAGAUCCCCGGUAAAAGGGGACGGAAAUAAAAACCAUCCUAUCUAACGAUAAUGAUCGAUGGAUAGGGAGGGGGGGGAAAAAAAAGGAGCAUAGAGGAUCGUCGAGAAGGUUAGAGAAGGUAUCUUAAUCCGCCGGAAGGCGAGAGGUACGACGCGCACGCAGUGGGAGGGGCGAUCGAGAGGAGAGGAUAUAUCCUCGAGCAAAGAUCGAUGUCUGUUCGCGCUCGAGCGGCCUCGAAGCCGCCGUGUGAUAACUGAUAAAUAUACCGGUCUCUUGCGGUACCCGGUUAAGAGAAUGCGGUUACAAACGCGAAGGGGGAAAAAAAGGACCACGGUGGUAGAUCUUUAAUGGUCGUCGAUACUUUCGUUUAGAAAGCGCGGCCGGCCGUGUCAGUUGGACGGGGAUUCGCGAUCGUGCCGCGUCGUUCCCUUCGAAUCGAUACCUCGAAUCGCCGCGCGCCGAUUUCGAUCGCUGGUCGGCCAUUGUAAACAAACCGUCCGUUUUUUUUUCGAAAAUGUGCGCGCCGACACGCGCUCGGAUGAAUAUUCGUUUCGACGAAGGGAGAAAGUUUCUGCCGCGUGAAUGAGAGUGGAAAAUGCAGCUACCAGUUCGGUACAAGAUUUGGCCGCGGAGAAAGAAGAGGCGAACACGAUGGAAACCUUUCGAGAUUUUGUCGAGAAGAUAGUGGUUGGUUUGAUCGGCAACAUGGACGUGCCGAUCAAUCGAGUGGUAUAUCAUCAUUCGCCGUAUGGCAAGCUUUUGGAAAAACACCUUGUACCCUUGAUCGAUGCACUCGCGAGUUUGGCUGUAGUACUGCAAUCAGCUUUGGAGAACAAAUCUGGCACGGAUGUGGGAAGCACGGCGCAAGCGCUUCGCGACAUCGUGGAGCGUGUCGUGGAGGAGGCGAAGAGACUGCCGGGUCUCGGAAGUUGCGACGGGAGCGGAAGGAUUCGGGAGGAGAGGAACGGCGUGGAGAACAGUUACGAGGAGGUGCUCGCCACCACGAUCCUCAACAAGGUCAUCGAGAAAUACCAAAAGAAAGAGGUGGACGGCAAUAGCAACGUUCUCCCUGGGAAGAUCGUGCCUGCGAAAUAUGCACCGACCUGUGAAAGCGAGGCAGGGCUCGACGAAGGUGUCGAAGAAGGUUGCAGCAGCUUGGAACCGUUGUCUCAGGAGGAUUGCGCCAGCAACUACAGUGCAUCUAGCUCGAGACGCGUUAGAAACCAACCGGAGUCAUUAUCUCUCACGAUAGAAGAACGAAUAGAGGAAGUGACCACAACUUAUGCGUCCGACGAGGAUUCCAGGGAAUCUCUCUUGCCCGUCAAGAAUGCCCAUCGAGUGCCAUUUCCUGAACUUGGAAUGGACAUCAUCGAUCCUUUUCAAUCGGAGGACAGCCAAGACGAGAUCGACACACCGACCAACGUAGAUUUAGUAUUCCCGGUCGAGUCUUGGGAAGAGAAUUGGUUGUUCCAAAAGAAGAAGGUCCAGACGCAGCAGGCUGACUCCGUGGCCAUGUUGGUGCCGAAUCCUAGCGCCGAUUACAAGGCUCUGAUCGGCGACAAGGACGCGGAAGACACCUCCGACUUGUCCGAAUGUUCUUCGGCGCAGGCGGAUGAGGACAUCGAGAAAGAGUUGAUGGAGGCGAUAAGCAACGUGGUGCCGCGAACCCCGGACGAGAAAAAGUUCGAGAAUGAUCUGGGCCAAUAUCCUGUCGUCGAUUCGUCAAAGACCGAGACUCGAGGCUCGAAAGAUCGAAGGAUCGACGAGGAUGAUGAAAUGGGUGAGAAACGAAGCGAAGGAAACGACGAGGUUGAAGCCAAAGAGGUGGAGGAGUAUCGUUCUAAAACUGCGAACGAGAAACCUGUUCCAAAAGCAGGAAAUUUGAUCGAUAACGAGGCGUCGAAAAAGGACGAGACGAGAAAUUUGGCUAACGAGGACAAUUCAAUCGAGCUCGAUUCUCCAAUAGAGCGGAGUGAACUAUCGUCGAAUCGCUCCAGCGUGAAACCCUUUGAAAACUUGCUAGACUUGCCAAAGACACCGACAUCAACGCCGAGAAUUUCCAUGGCGGAACUGAGAGAGUUGGAGGGGAAUGAUAACUUGGAAUCGAUAGAUUCGCGGGAAAAGAACGUUCUGAAUUCGUUGGAAUGCGCGAAAAAGAAAUUGAUGGCCGUGGAUAACGUGGAGGAGGUAUUGGACGAGGAGGAAGCAAUGUUCGCUCAACGAAAAGUCGACUUUCAUGCCGAGGAUAUUCAAGAGCAAGAAAGCGAAUACACCGAGCAUUAUGAUAUCGCGACCCAAAGGCACUUGGAUAGCUUGACGAAGAGUGAAUCGUCCGACUUUUUGAUAGAUUCGACGAUGGAAAAUGAGGAGAGCAAAUGCCGAGAGGCUGUGGCGUCCGCCAAAGCUGAAUCGGCUUCGCAUCAGUCCCAGCAGAGCAAGAAUUCAGACGAAGAGGUCCGACUUGCUACUCCUCCGAGGCCAGGUACGAUCGCCGAACGUGAGCACAAAAAGUGGGAAAAUGCUCCACCUAUCGAAAACAAUCCCUACAGCCGGGAGAAUAUUCAAAAGAGGUUGUGGGAGAGGCAGUACUCGAGAAGAUCGUCAGAAAAUUCCGGAAUUUACACCGAAUUGUCAACGAGCAAUGGAACGGACUUGCUUGACGUGUUAACAUCUCGAGAAUCAAAUAUGCAAAGGUUCGGCAGAGAUUAUUACGUGAACGGAUCAGUGAAUGAGAAAGGUAGAAGAUCGUCGGACAAUCCCGGAAUACAUAACGAAUUGGCAAUGAGCAACGGAACGGAUACGGAUGACUUGUCAUCAUUACGGGAAUUAAAUAUCCAAAGAAACAUCGGGGAUUAUUACGAUACGAAAGUGAACGAGAAAGGGAGAAGAUCGUCGGACAAUCCUGGAAAUUACGAAUUAUCAACGAGCAGCGGGAGUUUGAACGAUGUGUUUACGACAUUUCGAGACGAAAGCAUACAAAGAUCUGCCGGGGACUAUUGCGUGUACGAUCAAAAAGCGUCAGUAAACGAGAAGGGAAGAAGAUCGUCGGACAAUCCCGGAUCGGUCGAGGAUUAUUACGAGAAAAAUCCAAGAUCAUCAUCGAAUAAAAAAGAAAGAAGAUCGUCAGAUAUGAUAAUCGAUGACGUUUCAAUAUUCCAAGAACUAAACAUACAAAGAUCCGCCGGAGACUGUUACACGAACGAUUCAAAGCCGUCGGUGAACAACAAAGGGAGACGAUCGUCGGGCUUUUCGACCUCGACGAGCAGACCGAGCAGCUCGUUAUCCCAACGAUCAAGCUUCAAUGGGAUCGCGGACCAGGAUCAACAGGAGGAGACACAAUACAGGGAAACGGAGUCUCUGUUGAACCGAAGCAACGAUGUUAAAUCCAAAGUGGCUAAAUGGCAAAAUAACAACGUGGAGAGCAAGUAUCUGCCAGGAUCUGGGCAGGAUGAUUCCUCGAAAGGAGCAGAGAAAGGAAAGGAGAAGUUCUCCUCGAGGACCAUCGAGGGUCAGAGGUCGUGGGAGGAGCAGAGGAUGGAGGAGAUUCUGGAGAACGAGAGGAAGAACAGCAAGAACGAGAUAAACGCGAAAUUGAAUAACCAAGAGAGCACCGUGAUUGAAACGAAAAUGUUCAACUCUGAGAGAAACCAACGGAAGAUCAAGAGGAUCGAUUUGAAAGCAUAUGGUUUCGAAAAUGAAUUCUGCUCCAACAGAACGAUCAGAACUUCGACGCCAAGAGUCGUCAAUAAGUUGGAUCUGAGGUCUUUCGGCUACGACGAUGGAAUUCGACGAACGCAGUCGAAUAUUCAACUGAACAGCGUCGACAGUGACGAAUUCAAGGUUGCUAGAUACAGCAAUUUGUCGCAACAACAGGAUUACAAGGACGAUAGUCAAGAUGCGAUCGAGAAUCGAGGAUCCGGGGACAACAGCUUGACGCAGAGCACGGAGACACUCGACAAAUUCGAGGACGAGAGUUACAACGAGUUCAAAUUGAGGCCCGCGAAAUCGGUGCCGAACAUCACCAAGUGUUAUUCGAACAGGAACAGCCAGAGGGAGGACGAGGAGGAGUACGAUCGGAACUCGUUCGACGAGUUUGAAGUGAUAAAGACCGGGUCGGUGAAGAAUCUCGCGAACAAUUAUAAUCAGAAGAGUGUUAAUAUCAAGAGUAGCCAGUCGUCGAUCGACGGAUCAGAGAACGAUGGGGAUAAUUCUUUGGAGAGGACCCAGAGUCAUCAGUCGUUGAACGACACGAGGAAGAAAAGUUCGAGCGACGAGGAGUUCGAUAAUAAGGUGUUGCCGAUGCCAUCGGUCAGAAGGCUUGCUGAGGUAUUUAGUAAGCAAAGUGAACACGUUCACGUUCCUGUUACAAAGACAACGAAAUCAUGUAACAUGUACAACGAGAGAUCUUCGACGCCAGAAAUUCAAAUAGUUGAAACACCAAGGCAAAUGCACAGCCUAACCGCCAGAUCACUUUCGAAACAAUUUCGAGAAGGCCUGAGGCGAAUUCCAAACAAAGUGACUUCACCUCCGGCUAGCCACGUCGUUAUGGAACAAUGCAAAGUAGGCGAGAACCAAGAAAUGGAAGUAGUGCAACCGAAGAACGAUGUAUUUAACGAUACGAACGUGAUUCUACCGGGAAAAUUGAAAUCGAAUAUAAUAUUCUGGGAACAGAUGCAGAAAAAGAUGUAAAGCAUAUCUAUUUGCUUUAAAUUUGGUGCACGUUUGUCAAAAAAGAGAAAAGAAA